AUGUCGGCAAACAAGGACGUAGUGCCAGAGGACCUCUACUCCCUCGACGACGAAGAAUUCACUUUCUUCACGUCGCAGACGGGCAUCCAUGACAAGGACGAACUGAAGGAGCAUGUCUUGAAGGUCCAAGCAGAAGCCUAUGCGGUUCACCCAUACCCGUGCAUUCUUCGUUUCGUCUUCAUAAAGCUUGAGAUAUCCCGCCUCCCUGCGUACGAACAGUUUCUCAAGCUUGGCAGAGAACGUCCAGGUGCUAUUUAUCUUGACGUCGGCUGUUGCUUUGGAAACGAUGUCAGAAAGGCCGUUGUCGACGGCUUCCCAGUUCAAAACGCCGUUGCGUCGGAUAUCGUUCCAGAAUUUUGGGAUCUAGGCCACAAGUUGUUCAAGUCGUCUCCCGAGACAUUCCCAGUACCUUUUCUUCCGGGCGAUGCGUUCGACCCUGAGUUCUUGACGCCUGUCGCUCCCUUCUAUUCGCCUCCGGACACCCCCGUGCCUACUCUGUCGUCGUUGAAGAAUCUCUCACCUCUCGUCGGUCAUGUCUCUGCCAUCCAUGGAUCCCUCUUCUUCCACCUCUUCGACGAGCCUGGGCAGUUGCAGCUUGCUCGUUCACUCGCUGGCCUGCUCUCGCCUGAACCCGGAUCCAUGAUCUUCGGUGUGCAUGGUGGCAUGCCGCAGAAGGGGCAGAAGAAAGAGACCGUCCUCCCUCACGAACGCGGCUCCAUGUUUUGCCACAGCCCUGAGAGCUGGACCGAGCUGUGGGACGGACAGGUCUUCAAGAAGGGCAGCAUAAAGGUGGAGACGAAACUGGUAGAACUGACGAGAGAUGAGAUGCUGCCUUCGGAAGGGGAGCGCUUUUGGAUGUUGUACUGGUCAGUGACGAGGUUGUGA